AGAACACACACACACACACACACACACACACACAAGCUCCGGGUACCAAGUCCACGGUUGACAGUUUCUCUCUUCUCCGCCGGGUUCCUUUGACUUUCAAACACUUCAUAGAGUUUAUUUAUGUUGAUGAGGUUGCUGUGGACUGUCGUGGUGUCAGUGUUGGUGUCCCACUUUGGAGGCAGGCUGUCCCGGGACAAACGCUCACAUAUGUAAUAACAGAGACACGGUGACAGCGACACACACACACACACACACACACCCGAGGGGGAGGAAGACUUGUGCGCGUCAACAUGCCUGUGCGACAGAAAGAUGCUCAGCGCGCCCUGGAGCUUCUCCAGCAGUACCGGGCCAAGCUUGACCAGAGACAGCAGAACCAGAGCCGGACCAAACAGGGCCUUGUUGAGGAAGACCACCAGCUGCAGCAGUCCCUGGACAGAGUCAUCAAUGUCUUCCAAAGUCAGCUUUUUAACGCUCUGCUUGACAUUCAGGAGUACUACGAGUUGACCAUCCUUGAAGACAGCAAGAGCUCUGUGGACCAGGCAGACGGUCCUAGGAACGUCCCGGCCCCCUGUAACCUGCCAGCAGAGCUCUCAGCCCAGCCACAGCCUUCCUCUGGGCCCCUGAGCCCCCAAGCUUCUGGAGGAUCAUUCCAGCCGAAACCCCUGUCCCCCAGACCCAAGUCAAUCAAAUCCCCUGCCCCUCCAAUUCCAUCUGGAGCACCCACAAGAAAACCAUCUUCCCCUACAGCACAGUCCACUACACCUCAGUCACAGCCAGCCAAGGUCAAGUACCGUGCUCCUCUCCCUCCUGUCCAGCCUGGAGCCUCCAAAUCAUUGGCAUCAGACACUCCUAUGUCCUCUUCUCCCACUGUUGCCACAUCUCCUGGAGUCAGAGUAAAUGGUGCAGAAACCCCCACUGGUUCCAUAAAAUCACCUCCUGGAGUAUCACUGAAUGGAACAACAAAGCCACGUCUUACUGACACCAACUCCGAUGUUUCUUCAGAAAGUUCCACCACAAAUUCACAAAGCUGCUCUGUCUCACCAGAAGUCAACCUGGAGACUGUUUCAGCCCUCGUCUCCAGCACCAUCCAAGGCCUUGUGUCUCCAACCACUCCAGACAAAUUUACCACCACCAGCCCAGGUCUUAACAGGGUCACAGACGCUACCACAAUCUCUGCAGCUCUUGCGACCAGCAAGGACCCAGGCAUAGGCAAAGCCACUCCCAGCACGAGUCCAACUAGCCCCAACCAGGGCAAAUUCACCUUCAGCAGCCGCAGCCCAACAGUUCCUCCGGGGCCUUUGAUCAAAGGGCCUCAUCUGAGUCCAACCAGCCCCGGGCCAGUAAAAGUCACCUCCACUAGCCCUACCCAUGGUCCAGCCAGCCCCAGGCCAGCUACAAGCCCACUGACCCCCAACAAGAAGUAUCGGUAUCAAGAAGAGGAAGGGGCGUCACCAGGUGCCCCGAAACUCCACCAACACCCCUGCCAUCAGCACCCAAUGGGAGUAGCCAGAGAGUUGAGGGACGGAGGGACCCUGGGAAGGGAGGGGAGGGAGGGGAGGGAGGGGAGGGAGGGGAGAGAAGGGGGGACCUGGAGGAGAGAAGGAGGGGGUGCCGGGACCAUGGAGAGGGAAAGGGAACGAUCCCUGGGGAGGGACGGAUCUCUCGGUCGUCGCAGUGACCUGCGAGGUGCGGAGCUGGUUCAGGUGGCGGAGAGGCACUUGUCUCAGAUUCAACACGUUCAUGGAUACGUCACUCACACACACAUCACGCCUGCUCAGGUAGAAUCACCUGAGGUUCCCUUUGAUGACGAGGCGUGGCCUCACCCAGAGGGAGAGAGGCUGAAUGAAGUCCCAGCCCCGCCUUUCUCCUCCCUCUAUUCGCAAAGCCACGCCUACUACCAGGCCAACCCCCCUCCAGUGGUGGUCAACACCGAGAGUGUCGACACCCCCCCAUAUGUCAAUGGAACAGAAGCAGACUAUGAGUAUGAGGAAAUCACGCUGGAGCGGGGUAACUCAGGUCUGGGGUUCAGUAUCGCAGGAGGGACUGAUAAUCCUCACAUUGGAGAAGACCCCUCUAUCUUCAUCACCAAGAUUAUACCUGGAGGGGCCGCAGCCCAGAAUGGGCGACUCAGGGUGAAUGACUGUAUAGUCCGGGUAAAUGAGGCAGAUGUCAGGGAGGUGACCCACAGCGGGGCUGUGGAGGCGCUGAAGGAUGCAGGAGGUCUGGUCAGACUAUGUAUACGACGCAGGAGGAGCCUCACUGAGAGAAUCAUGGAUAUCAAGCUGGUCAAAGGGCCCAAAGGUUUAGGGUUCAGUAUAGCAGGUGGAGUUGGAAACCAACAUGUCCCGGGCGACAACAGUAUCUACGUGACUAAGAUCAUCGAGGGAGGGGCUGCACACAAAGACGGACGGCUACAGAUAGGAGACAAACUUGUGGCUGUGAACGCCUCCUGUUUGGAGGAGGUAACCCAUGAGGACGCAGUGGCUGCCCUGAAGUCGACUCCUGACGUCGUUUACCUCCGUGUGGCCAAACACACCUCCCUUUUUAUCAAUGACAACUUCCCUCCACCCGACGUCACUAAUUCGUACUCCCCACAUCAAGACAACCAUAUAAGCCCCUACAUGAGCGGCAGCCAGUCUGUAAGCCCCGCCCCAUUGACCACGCCCAGAUACUCACCGCUGCCCAGGGCCAUGACUGGAGACGACGACAUCACCAGGGAACCCAGGCGGGUGGUGCUCCAGCGGGGGUCUACGGGUCUUGGUUUUAACAUUGUUGGCGGGGAGGAUGGAGAAGGGAUCUUCAUCUCCUUCAUUCUUGCUGGAGGUCCAGCUGAUCUCUGCGGAGAGCUACGAAAGGGAGACCGCAUCCUGUCGGUGAACGGGGUGGACCUGACCACUGCAACACAUGAGCAGGCAGCCGCUGCUCUGAAGAAUGCAGGACAGACCGUUACCAUAGUAGCACAGUACAGACCUGAGGAGUACAGUCGUUUCGAGGCGAAGAUCCAUGACCUGAGGGAACAGAUGAUGACCAGCAGUGUCAGUUCCAGCUCCACAUCGCUCCGCUCCACACAGAAACGCACACUUUACGUCAGAGCGUUGUUUGACUACGACGGAAGUGCGUCAGAUCUGACCACGCCCAAUCAGGCCCUGCCGUUUCACUUCGGGGAUAUCCUCCAUGUAAGCAGCGCUGGCGAAGAGGAGUGGUGGCCCGCCCGUCACCUCAGCCCCCCGCCUCCAAACUGCCCUGAAGUUGGAGUCAUCCCCAGCCGCAGGAGGGCAGAGAAGAAGGAGAGGUCGCGGUUAAAGACAGUCAGAGUGACGAGGUCUCAGGACAGAUCGGAUCAGGAUGAUAAAGAGCUGGUAACCUCUGGCACCAGCGAUAGUGAAAGUUGUUCCUCUGGCCAGGAGGAGACCCUCCUCACAUACCAACCUGUCAUGCAGCAGGAAGUUAAUUACACACGGCCAGUCAUCGUGCUCGGACCAAUGAAAGAUCGGGUCAACGAUGAUCUCAUCUCCGAGUUCCCUGACAAGUUUUGCUCCUGCGUCCCACAUACAACGCGGCCACGACGAGACUACGAGGUGGACGGCAGAGAUUAUCACUUCAUGUCCUCCAGAGAGCUCAUGGAGCGAGAGAUCCAGGAACACAAGUUCAUAGAGGCUGGACAGUAUAACAACCAUCUGUAUGGAACCAGCAUACAGUCUGUCAAAGAAGUCGCUGACAAGGGUAAACACUGUAUACUGGAUGUAUCAGGAAACGCGAUAAAGCGUCUCCACAUGGCAGGCCUACAUCCUAUCGCUAUCUUCAUUAGACCACGCAAUGUCGACAACAUCCUAGAGAUGAACAAGCGUUUCACCGAGGAGCAGGCGAGGAAGACCUUCGACCGAGCCGUCAAACUGGAGCAGGAGUUCACUGAGUACUUUACCGCUAUAGUCCAGGGCUCGUCUCUAGAGGAAGUGUAUUCGCAGGUGAAGCAGGUCAUUGAGGAGCAGUCUGGUCCUUACAUCUGGGUGCCCACCAAGGAGCGACUCUGAAUAAACACACACAUACUACAUGAUCACACACAUCACUCUUUCAACACUUCAUACUUCUCUCAAUUUUCUAUUAUCAGCCUGCUUCCUUUCUCUCUCUCUUUCUUACACACACACACACACACCACUACAGUAUACACACACACCCACACACACGCACACACAUUUACACAAGCACAUACAGUCGGAUGAGGCUGGGACUAUCUGGGACUGCUACUUCCCGAAGUGGGAGGAGCUAAAGUCUGUCCAGCAGCCUAUUGGUGGAUCUUCCUACAGCUCGGUUCCUUAAUGUUUAAGGAGGUGGUUCAAAUCAAGGCGACAUGUACCAUUAUCUGAUUUGAUUUCAUUAUUGUUCUUCUUAUUGUUGUUGUCGUUGUUGUUUUCAUAUUAACGAAGGGUAAUGCAUUCAUGUAUGGGUUUGUAAUGAUAAUAUUGUCACCAAGAGGCAGACUUUUGCACGCUGUAGCUUUAAAAGCAUGUUUUUGGGACAAAAUCUUGAUCUCCUUCCCUGUCUGUCUGUCUGUCUAUCUGUCUGUCUUUCCUCAUGGCACUGCUCCUGUUUAGAGCUUUUCCCCCUUCCUGUCUUUUUUCUGUCUUUCUCUCAUAUCCCAUCGCUUCCUCCUCUUUUUCCUCUUCAGACUGUCUACAAACUUUGAAUAUGAGGUGAAAACUUUUAUAAUGCGCCCCAGCAUUUUGGUGUCAAGGGCCAAAAUGGAACUAUAGUACAAUUACUGUUUAGAGAUGUAGCAAGAAAAUAAUCCUAAGCAUAAGACACUUGAUAUUAACAACCAGAAAUUCAAAGGUUAAAUAGCAAAUUUAAUUAAAGAUUGCUUUAAAAUAGAUAAAGUAUGGGGUACUCUGGGCCAAAAAUAAAUUGAGUAAAUAGCCCUCAUAAUUGUUUUAGAGCCCAUUUGAAAGCCUGGGUCCAUAUUUGUCAAAUUUCUGACAAUUAUUAAGAACAACCUCAGUAGCCAAAAAAAGAAUUGCUUAGGACGCAUUUAUCAACCGUGUCACUCCUGCUUACAUCAAACUUUAAGAGCAGCUUUCAAGUGAUCACAUCAUGAUUAAUGACACGUAUGCUCAGAGUAGGAGCAGCCAAUCAGAGGCAAGGCUUCGCUGAACAUUGUUUUAAAAAAUGCUUACGUUUCACUCAGCAAUAUUUUGCUCUGUAAAAACAUCAAACGUCAUUUUAAUUUUUAAAAAGUUCAUUUUAUUAGUAUGAAAUCCUCCAGAAGAAAUCUGAUAUAUUUAUGAUAUAUAAAUAUACAGAUAAAAACCAAACUGGAGCAGGAAAGAAAUGCUGCUGUUGGUUGAUAACUUACACCAGAGAUAACAGGUACUAUGUGCAGAUAAUGAAGAUGUAUGGAAAGUGAGUGCAAACAAAACCAACGACAGCUUCACUGUUGUUGUUUGCACCCUGAUCAACACACAAAGAAGAAAAGGUGGUAUAAAAUCCUAUUAAAUCUUCUACUAACAUACAAAUAACCUGUUUUGAAUUUAACAUAUUGCUUCAGCUAUGACCCAAUAUGUUCCUCUAAAACAUUAAAAUUUGAAGUAUUUGAUCAAUAGCUUUCAUUUUUAAGGCUAGUCUGAGUAAAAGUGAAGGAUUUUUGCUUACAAUUUGGUAAAUACAGGCCCAGAUCCUCAAAUUUAAAAAGAUUAAUACCCAUCUCCAUCCCACAAGGGCUUCUCUGCCUCCCCUUCCUCCUCCCCCUCUCUGUCUCAUGCCUUUAUCUCUCUCCUCCUCCCCUUCUCCACAUUCACAGUGUGACAUUGGUUGAGCACUCCAGCAUUAAACUGUGUAUCAUCUUCUUCAUCAACAGUAUCAUCACGAUCAUAAUCAUCAGCAUCAUCGUUAUAACUUUCCUUCUUACUGUAGUUGCACUAAUGACGGCUGGUUUCUUAAAAGCAUCUUAGCGUGACAGGAAUGAUACCAUCCCAGUGUUUCCGGUAUUUGGAUGUGUGAUACACUCACUUUUCUUUCUGCUGUCGGUGGUGACUAUGCUGGUUUGAAAGAGAUAAAGAGGUCAGGGAACACUUUUUGGUUUUUGCAGUUUUCUCAUUUGCUGUACGUCUUGCUAUUGUUGCGUAGUUAAAGACAUCAGUCUGUCAGCACUAACUAGUCAACUGCAUUAGCUCUUCUGGCAGCAGGUGUCUGCAGUUAUAGGUUUGAGCUUUCAGUCCCAGUGUGCAUAAAUAACACCUGAAACUAUAGCACCAUUUGUGACCUCUGCACUCCAUAGGUUACUCCAUGAUACGGGCACACGGUGGACAAUCAAAGUGUUACAUUUUUACCUGUUAUCCAGCAAUGGGUUGUAUCUUCAAGGGUAUUUAAAUCAUCCCAUAGAUGUCAACACUCUGCCCAGAAAGAUAAAAUGUUUAACCAACGUCUAAAUCCACCACUGCCGUGGCCUCCACAGUGGACUUGACCACAGACUUUAAAACAGUGAAUUUCCAUAACAAUAUUUUAUUCUGAAGCACUGUUUCCAGUUCUAUAGGUGCUACAACAGGCAACUUUAAUGUACAAGUAGCCUUUUGAUGCUGGCUUUGUCAGUCGUGUGACCCUCUCUUUGCACAUCUGUUCUCUGCAGCGGUUUUUCCAGAGUCUCUGCUGCUCGUAAUGUGGCAGAGACUAAGGAGAAGCUAACUCUCUUAACAACAAGUGAACACACGUCACAAAAUAUAUUAAACUUUACUCCUACUGAACACAUAAAAGAAAAUAGAUAAAAUGCUCACUAUGUUGUAUGGUGUAGAGCACAGACAGAGGUUGAAACCUAGCUUGAAAACAACUUUUCUUCUGGCACUGCAGCUGUUUCACUGUUUUUAUCAGGCCAAUUUACAUGUUGUGUUAAAUAGUUUUAGUAGCUUUAAUCGUGCUAUGGAGCAAUGUUUUAUUUAUAGUGCAUGAGCAUGAGGGCAUCCACGGGCAGCAUUAUUCACAUCUUGCCAUUGGUUUCACACUACGCCGCUGAAAGGCAGUUUUGGCAAGAACAGCAGUGAAUGUAACUUUUGAUUGUUUACAAAGACAUCCGUCACAGUCUGUGGAAAUAAACCAUUUUAAUGUUGGUUUAGCAUCGGGCAAACAUUUUAUAGUCGACAUCUGUGAGAUCACAAAAAUAUAUUUGGUGACACAACCCUCUGCUGGGGUAGGAGGUAAAAAAUAACGAUUUGGCUUGUCCCUUAAAGCAACUAUAAUCAAUAUUUUUAUAAUAGUAACGUGUCAAAUGACAAUGUGAAAACAAUGUGACAAUGUGAAAGGGGUUGCUCUUAGUGAUGAAUUUACAGAGAAUAAUCAUCUGAAUCUGCAGCUCCCCUCAGAGCUUCACAGCGAGUUUCAGUUCAUUGUUUAUCUGUCUGGCUGCAGCGUUACUGUUCUGGGUCACUCUCACUGCUCUCAUAGCAUCGUUUCUGUAAAAAAAAGCUCUAAAACCCCACUGUACAUGACCUGCUUAGCUGCAAAUGGCAGACAGACACAGUUAGAGACUCCCUGGUGAACAUAGUUGAGCGUUUAGCAGCUAAAGAGCCAGAUAUUUCCCUCAGGAGAUGGACACCAAAAACAGAGCUAUAAAAGAGAGUGAAGUCACAAAUGGGGCUAACCCGAAACAUGACAAUAAUCUCUGUUGUGAAGCAGAACACUUGAAAUACCAAGAUGCUUUUGGUAACACAGCCCCUAUAUGGACCUUGUCAGCCAUCCACUUCCCAUCUCCACCUUCAACCCCCGAGGCGACUCCUCCAUGCUGACUGGAGACCAGAGACAUGCAGAAUGGCCGUUCUGUCAACAGAGUAGCUCUUAAAACCCAAAUAAUAAGUAGUUUUGACCACAUGUGUUUUGAAAGCUUUAAUAUUUCCUCACAGAAUGUUCAGAUAAAUUAUUACUUUCCGUCUGUAAUCCUCUAUGAAUCCAGUGAACCCGUGGUGUCGUCAGUUGACAGAACUGGACUCUCUGUAAGACUCUGGCUGUGUGUUUUAGCCAGGGGACCAUGCCACUGUCUGUUAGAGUAAAGCACCGAUGCAAAGAAUCUAUUACAGAGAUGGAUCUAUAUCUAACAUAUUAUAAUAUUUAUCCCUGCUCUAACUGCCUAUUUUGGUACAAAAAAAAAUAAAAGUCUUUAUUGAGAUUUACUGAAACUGA